ACCUGACGAUGCCGCAGUACGACUCAACGUCAAGUCGGGAAAUAAUAUGGUGUGGUAUGUUUCUCUUGCGGAUCUGUCAAGCUCGAAGGCUCUUAAGGGUCUUAGUUAACUAAAUAAGAAUUAAGCGUCUUUUCCUGCGAAUUUUGAGAAAUAAUACAUUUUGCAUCUUGGUGAAACAUAAUAUUUGAAAAAUGGAAAAUGACAAUCCUGUCAUAUACGGGCUCGAAUUCCAAACUAGAGCAUUGUCAGCUCAAACAGCUGAGACUGAUAUCGUAAGAUUUCUAGUAGGAACGCAGUCCUUAAAAUUUAGUAAUAACCAAGUUCACUUGGUGGAACUUAAUGAAGAAACGGGACAUUUAAAAACUCAAGUGUUCCAGCAUUCAAUAGGAGAAAUUUGGUCCAUACAAGCUUCUCCAACAGAACCUGAUGUAUUUAUUACGUGUUAUAAUAGUUUGAAUGAGGAAGGUAUUUGCCAAAUGAAAGGAGCUGUUUGGCAAUUUCCUGAAAUAAGAGAAUACACUGAUGAUGUUUUGCAACUUAAUAAAUUAGCAGAUAUUGAUACGACUUUAUAUGGCAUUGAUCUUAAAACUAUUGCCUAUCAUCCUAUGGAUAGUAAGAAAAUUGUUUCUGUAGUGGAUAAUAAUUUUGUUUUAUGGGAUUUGUCAAACGAAGCACCAAAGGUUAUGGCAUCCAGUACUUUGGAAGGUAAAGGUCAGCCACGAUUUACAAAUGGUAAAUGGAAUCCUCACAAUGGAGCUAAUCAAUUUAUAACCUUAAAUGAAAACAAUGUACGUGGCUGGGAUUUUAGAAAUCCAGCUAAUUCUGCUUGGUCUAUUUUAUCCGCACAUUCACAAAUCAUUAGGGAUUUGGAUUUUAAUGCAAAUCGUCAAUAUUUUCUGUCCACCUGUGGUGAUGAUGGGUACAUGAAAUUUUGGGACAUUCGAUUUCCAACAGAACCAGUGCUGUCACGUAUGGAACACUCGCAUUGGGUGUGGAACAUAAGAAUCAAUCGUUUCCACGAUCAGCUUGUUUUAACAUCUAGCAGUGACUCAAGAGUAAUAUUAUGCAGCAUCGCAUCUAUUUCGUCUGAACCAUUCGGACACAUGGUGUCAGCUGAAGAAGAGUCUUCGCAAAAUGAAGAAUCUUGCGGGAAAAAAAAAUUGGAAGAUGGUCUUGUAGGCAGAUACGAAGAGCAUGAAGAUAGUGUGUAUGCUGUGGAAUGGUCAUCCGCUGAUCCCUGGACAUUUGCAUCUCUCAGUUACGACGGGAGAUUAGUUCUUAAUAAAGUGCCACGUAAAUAUAAAUAUCAAAUACUUUUAUGAAUCUGUUAUUUAUAAAAUUGCGCUA